AUGCCCGAUGCCGGAAACCGGUUCCCGUUGUUGUACAUGGACGACCGGUGGGGCGGAGGAUGGCGCGCCGCCACGCUGCUCAUCCGCGAGUGCUGCAUGAUGAAGUUUAUCAACGCGCUAUCCGACAAGCCGGAGUGGUGGCACAAGGUACAAGAUGACGAGAUUGCCGGAAAGUGGAAGAAAGAGGCCUUGAGCAUGGACUGGACGCUGUAUCUGAAGCACGCCGAUUUCACUCCCGCGAUGGCCGACGCCUGCAUCAGCGAAUUGAAGAAGAAGGCAGUUUUAUACGAACAGACGGGCUUGAUGCCUGUACUUGACUACUCCAUCGCCGUCAUCAAAUCCGAUGCCAUCAUGACACCCGAUAUGGCUGAGUCUCUUCGGAAAGGCGUCAAACCGCUGGAAGAAGUCCCUGCAGAGUACAAAGACUGGCACCCCAACAGCAAUGAACAAGUUUUGGAUCUUGUGCACCCUUCUCUUUGGCCACUGAUGUACGGCCGCUCUAGGGUCCUCCGAGAUCGCGUUAUCGGCCUGGAUGACGCUCUAGAGCAUUGCGGCAUGGGGACGGUUCUACCGAAGCGGAAGCAAAAGGAGACGGAGUUUCUCAUAAAAGCGGGCAGUUUCUGCGAGGAAAGCAUCACCAUUCUUUCGGACCUGUUCCAGUGGCUCCCCUGUGAUGUCAAAAUCGAUCCAACGACUGGAAAAGCCAAGAUUGCAAGCUACAUCAACAACCUGCACCCGAAGGAACACAGCGAUCUGUAUGAUGUAAUUGAAAGAUUCAUCGAAAAGUCUCUGCCGGCGUGGGACAUCAUCUACAACUGGGAAAAAGACUUCUCAGUCCAACGUCUUCGCACAGACGAGGCCGGGUUUGGGGAUUGUCCUUGCCCUGAACUGUGCCAGUUGGACGACAUGGAUUGUUCAUGUGAGCCAUGGAAACGUCCCAUCGGAGAGGACGAAGAGCCCAGGGACCCAGAUGACCAAGAGCAGUACGACGACGAGUACAAAGACUCUGAGCGGAAGAAGCUGGAUGAUGCUUGGUUCUUUGCGACACAUGCCCUCAAACUCCCCGACGCCGAUCCUCUGGCGGAAAAGUACGUCCGCAUUGACAGCUCGCAUGUCAAGACACAUGGCUUCUUCAACAAUAAGUCCCAGGUCCAGGUUAUUGUCAAGCUCGCAAACAUUCACCUCACCCCCGACAAGCCCUCGUACGCGGGUGGGUCAUGGCAUACUGAGGGCCAGCUCAACGAGCACAUCGUCAGCACCGCCUUGUUCUAUUACGACUCUGAAAACAUCACCGAGUGCACUCUCGACUUUCGCACGUCCGCCAAUGGCGAUGAACUCGACGAAGGUGCACUUUCGUACGAACAAUAUGACCACCGCAGCAUCGAGCGCACCUUCGCCGUCCAGCAGUACCAAAGCAUAUUCCAGGACAUUGGUUCGGUGGUGACAAAGUCGGGACGGGCGCUGUUCUUCCCGAACUUGUUGCAGCAUCACGUUUCGUCAUUCAGGUUGGCAGAUCCGACGAAGGAGGGGCAUCGGAAAAUCUUGGCGUUAUUUCUGGUGGACCCCGCGAUUGAGAUUGUGAGUACCUCAAACGUGCCACCACAGCAGAAACAUUGGUGGCUUGGGACGACGGGGUUGGACGGCGGGAAGGGAGUCUUACCAGCUGAGCUUGGCGAGUUGGUUGCCGAUGAGGUGGAGUGGCCAAUGGGGCUGGCAGAGGCAAAGGAGGUGAGGUUGAAGGUGAUGAGGGAAAGGACUUGGCUCAAGGAGGAGGAGGAGGAGAGGUUGGAGGAUGUGACCAACGAGGAGAUUGAAACGCUUGCGACGUUGGCGGAUGAGCAACUUAUUCUCAGUUCGAGUAAUGCUUGCGAAUAA